GACAACACUAAAAUUAGUACCGUACGGAAACUACACGACGCACGGCCGCUUUUAAGUCCGCGAUAAGCUAACAAAACUCGUUGAAAAUGCAUACAUCAAAAUGGUAGAAUCUCUACAAAUGUUCUUAUUCCUCUUCAAAUCGAAAUACAGACGAAAAUACUCAUGGUUCUCGCCGUUCUUGUGUUCAGUGCUCAUAGUGUUAUUGUUUUGUCAUGAUGUUCUAUCUAGGUGUAGUGAACAUAACUGUAUAAACGGUGAAUGUAGGAACGAGACUUGUGUAUGCUUCGAAGGCUGGCAGGGUCCUGAAUGUCAGCAUUGCGGUGGGAAGAUAAAAUUGAGUGCCGCAAGUGGUGUGAUAACAGAUGGUCCUGGGAACUACAGCGUGAGCACGGCGUGUUCGUGGCUGGUGGCUCCGCCCCGCCUUGGCCCCGGCCCGCCUCCUCUGCGGAUACGUCUCGAGAGUUUCGCCACGGAGUGCGGUUGGGACCACCUUUAUGUUUAUGAUGGGGAUAGUGUACGUGCUGAACGCCUUCUGGCCGUAUUCAGCGGUGUGUUGGACGAUGGUGACUUUGGAUGGACGAGACAAGUGAUAGCACGGUCAGGAAGUGCGUUGCUUCACUUCUUCUCUGAUGACGCGUAUGCUAUGGAAGGUUUUAAUGUCACAUACGCGGCGUACUCUUGUCCCUCAAAUGAUCAUCGUACCAACUGUUCAAAUCAUGGGGAAUGUGAAGACGGAGUGUGCAGAUGUGAACCAGAUUGGGUGGGCAUUGCCUGCGAUGAGCCGCUUUGUCCAGAGGACUGCAACGCUGAGUACGGUGCGGGCGAGUGUACGCGGGCGGGGUGCGAAUGUGCGAUGUCGCGUGCGGGUCCGGCGUGCGCACGCGACGCGGCCGCCGCGGGGUGGCAGUGGCGGUGGCGGGAGGCGGGUGACGCGCGCCCCUCACUACCUGCGCCUGCGCACGCCCCGCCCCCCGCCGCCGCGCACGCGCUGCUCGCCGCGGGCCCGGACCUACUGCGAGUGGGAGGGGAGACGUUCUCACAUGCUGACUUUAUGUACAGAUAUAAAACGGCAGAAAACCGAUGGUAUCCUAUCAAGGCGAUAGACGAAGGAGCGGUCAGUCCAGCGCCGAGGUUCGCUCACUCCGCUGUCAUGUAUGGAGACGAGGUCAUCGUGUAUGGAGGAGUUGUAGCCUCUGAUGAACCUGAAAGAGGUGGUGGUCUGGCCGGGCUGGAGGGGCGCGCGGGCGAGGUCACCAACGAGGUGUGGAGGGGGAGGAUACAGGAGAACACUGUCAUCUGGAGCAACGCCACGCCCACCGCCUGCUCCCCGCACAGGACCGCCCCUUUGAAACAUUGCGGAGGUCUACACUUGUCUGGUCACACGGCUGUGCUCGCUCACAUAGGACCCACUCAGAAGGCAGUUAUGGUGGUUUUUUUCGGACAUUCGCCACAUUACGGGUACAUGCAUAUUGUUCAGGAGUAUCAUAUAGAGGAAGGGGCGUGGUCAGCCCCGCCCACCAAGGGGUGGUCUGCCCGCGCCGGUUUCGGUCACUCAGCUGCCUGGGACCCGCUCUCGCGUCGUGUCUACGUACAUGCUGGUCUUGUGUCUGAGUCUGAGGCUGCACAGGCGCCAUCGUCAGCAUUGUACGAAUACGAGGUGGAAAGCCGAGUGUGGCGUCCGCUGCCGUCUGCUCCAACACCUAGAUAUCUACAUACAGCUAUAUUUGUAUCACCAGGUGUGAUGUUGGUGUUUGGUGGGAACGCGCACAACGACAGUGCACCUGCAGCACCAGCCAGUCCAGCUGCCUCAAAGUGUUACUCUGCUGCUGCAAUGAUAUAUGAUGUUAGAUGUGGCGUGUGGCACACUGCGCCUGAGCCGCGAGGUGCAGCACGAGCUGCGCAUGCGACCGCUCUCAUCACUCACAGGGGACGUAGAUCUGCCAUUAUAUACGGAGGUUUUGAUGGUCGCCUGCGAUCUGACGCGUUGGUGUUUGUUGUGGGCGUGUCUUGUGCUGCGUACACAGAUGAACACUCGUGUGUCUCCGCAACAAGGAACUCAGCAGUCGCAUGCGCGUGGAGGACGAGAGACUCACUUUGUGUCGCUUUGGAAGAAGUCGGUUGGGCGAAGUCUUUUGAUGGUACAGUAAAAACUUGCGCCGUUGAACCUGUGUUAGAUGAGAAGAGAUGCGGUACUGCUGAGUGGUGUGGUGCGUGUACAGCUGCUGGGUGCGCGUGGUGCGGUGCCUGCUACCCCUCCGCCCAGUACUGUCUCAGGCAUACACAUCAGAUGGCGUUGUCGUUAGAGGAGUGUGGUGGUGCAGGAUCAGAGCCAGCUCGUGACGCAUGUGCUCGCUACCACUCGUGUGCAGCUUGCCACGCCCACAGACAUCACCACGCCCACGCGAUAGAAGACGUAAACCAACGUGCCUGUUAUUGGGACUAUGACACUGUUAAAUGUAAGCCGGCAAACACAACAGAUGAUAUAAGAAGUGUGUCAAGCGGUGGUUGUAGUGCUCCAUGUGCGACACACACAACUUGUGCCAAUUGUACAGCAGAGGAAUGUAUCUGGUGUGCCUCUGCCGGACGAUGUGUUGACAAGAAUGCAUAUGGCGCGUCGUUUCCCUUGGGCGGUUGUCGGGCGUGGUCGACAGGGUUGUGUGCGGGGGGUGGGGGUGCGACAGGCGGACGUGGUGGGGGCUGCGCUGCACACGCGGGCUGCGCCUCGUGCCGCGCGGAGCCCGCCUGCGGCUGGUGUGAUGACGGCGAGGGCGGAGGCCGAGGAGUCUGUCUACCUGGAGGACAACGAAGACCUCAUCAGCCGCACAUCUGUCCGCAACACAGAUGGCACUUCACACGGUGUCCGCUGUGUCAGUGUAACGGACACGCGGUGUGUGACGAGACGUCGCGCUGCGUACAGCCGUGCGGUGCGCGCGCUGUCGGCGACCAUUGUGAGACAUGUGCGCCUGCGCAUUGGGGCAGUCCGCUUAAUGGAGGCGUGUGUCAACCAUGUUCGUGCAAUGCACAAGCGGUGUCAUGUGCUGCUGACACUGGUCGCUGUUAUUGUAGCACCAAAGGUCUCGCUGGUGACCGUUGUGAUAAAUGUGAUAACACCAAUCACUAUCACGCAGAUGUCUAUAACAAGGGAGCUUGUUAUUAUGAUUUAGCGGUGGACUACCAGUUCACGUUCAAUCUAUCAAAGAAGGAGGACCGCCACUUGUCCGCUAUCAACUUCCGCAACGCGCCUGUGAAGCCGGACGUGGACGCGGACUUCAGCAUCACUUGCUCUGCGCACGCGCGCAUGAACCUCACAGUGCGCACGCGCGCAGACCCCGCAGAGCGCACGCUCUUCAGCGACCUCAACUGUACCAACUUCAGAUACAAGCCGUUCCAUUACAGGUUUGCGAAGUCGGAGCACGCAUUCGGUGUUGAAGACAAUGUCACUUUGACCACAUUCUUCGUCUACGUGUACGACUUUCGACCACCGCUCUGGAUACAGAUCUCCUUCUCUCAGUAUCCCAAGUUGAAUCUGCAACAGUUCUUCAUCACAUUCUCGUCUUGUUUCCUGUUGUUGUUGCUAGUUGCUGCCGCUUUGUGGAAGAUUAAACAGAAAUAUGACAUAUACCGUCGCAGACAGCGGCUGUUUGUUGAGAUGGAGCAGAUGGCGUCCAGACCAUUCAGUCAGGUCUGCGUCGAGCUGGAGAAAGGAGGUGGAGGUGUGGGUGUACCGGCGCCGGUGGCGCUGGAGCCGUGCCGCGGUGGUCGUGCGGCGGUGCUGUCUCUGCUGGUGCGGCUGCCGACUGGCGGUACGGGGCGCGCGCCGCCGCUGGGCGGGCUGGCCGUCGCCUCCGCCCUCGUCACCCUCGGACACCACCACGCCCCGCCCGCCAAGCGCCCCAGACACCGCUGACACACUGCGUACUGCGUGCUGCUC